GGGUCCGGGACGCUCCGGCGAUGCCCCGGCGGCCAGAGGACCCAGCGGGGGCGGCCGGCAGGGACUGUCACUAGCCCAUCCAUUGCCCUGACUCUUGGAGGAAGCCAGUCAUGGGCGAAACGGGCAAAGAAGAGUAUAAAAUACAGUCAUUCGACACUGAGACUCAGAAGCUGCUGAAAACAGCCCUCAAAGAGCCCAGCAAUGUGGACCUGGAGAAAGUGGCCAAUAUUAUAGUGGACCAGUCCCUCAAAGACUGUGUGUUCAGCAAGGAGGCAGGGCGCAUCUGCUACACCAUCAUCCAGGCAGAGAGCAAACAAGUCGGCCAGAGCAUCUUCCGGAGGAGCCUGCUGAACCGGCUGCAGCAGGAGUACAAGGACAGGGAGGAGCUGCGCACCCGCUCACUCCAGGCAUGGAUCUGCUACGUCACCUUCAUCUGCAACAUCUUCGACUACCUGAGGGUGAACAACAUGCCCAUGAUGGCUCUGGUGAACCCCGUUUACGACUGUCUGUUCCGGCUGGCACAGCCCGACAGCCUGCGGAAGGAGGAAGAGGUGGACUGCUUGGUCCUACAGCUCCAUCGCAUCGGUGAGCAGCUGGAGAAGAUGAACUCCCAGCGGAUGGAUGAGCUCUUCUCCCUCCUCCGAGAUGGCUUCCUUCUGCAGGAGGGGCUCAGCUCCCUGUCCCAGCUCCUGCUGCUGGAGAUCAUCGAGUUUCGGGCUGCCGACUGGAAGAUGACGGACGCUGCCCAGAAAUACUAUUACAGCGAAGUGAUGGAUUAACCUCUCUACAGCAGUGGUGGAGAGAUGUCCCCAGCACUUUCACCAGCAAGCUUCUUACCAAGUUUGAAUUUCUUUUCACGUUAAUGGUUUUCUAGCACUUCCUGUAAAUAGGAUUUAUACUGGCUAGAGCCUCUGGGCACGUAACCAUCACGCUGCAACUGGUGCUAGCCCGACCUAGGAGGUUUGGAGAGGUGGGAAGGGCAGGGCAUAUUUAACUCAGCUAGUUCUCACACUGAUUUUGUCUAAUAUUGGGCUGCUGCCAGCGACGGGCAAGGAAGGCUUCUAGCUCAAACCAGCAUUUUAUAUGGGUGUUAAGGAAAGCACAGUUUAGGCUGAGAACAUUUUGGUUCACUCGAGAGCCAGCGGAGCUGCACGAGGCAGAGGGGAAAUCCUUCACAGCUCAGGUUGUACCUGGUUCUCUGGGACAAGUCACAGAAAACACUGUGGCCUCACAAACAGCUCAACCAAGUGCUAUUUUUUCCAGACUCCUUCUAGCGCGCUGGCUGCACCUGCAUGCACACAGCCUCCCCCACAGGUCACGAGCCACCAAUACCUGCCACAGGGCAGCCUGCAGCAGGACAGGUCCCUGAGCACACGUAGCUAGGGACAGGUUUUAUAAGUUUUAUACAAUAACUGUCAUGUUUUUUCAGAAUUUAGCGAGUUUCAACUAUGGUAUGUUUCUUAUAAGAAUGGGAGAGGAAGAAAGGAAACAAAAUAGUCUAUUGAAGGAUUUUUUCUAAUAAAAGUU